UUGCCCUUCGUUACACAAUAUCAAUGUUCAUUCAGAAUGACCCCUCCCUAUGUGCUAGUCAUAGUGACCUUUGUGUACCUCUACAUGUACCUGAGGGACGGGCCCAUGUGGCCGGACAAAAUUGCCGUCGCCGACAGCUGCCGACAGGACUGGUGGAAGCACCUCAAAUACAUCAAUAACUUCGUCGGCGUGGAAGGAGUGCCGGCUGAAAAACAGUGCAUGGCCUGGUCCUGGUACAUUGCGGUCACCAUGCAGUUCUACCUUACAUCACCUAUUAUACUCACCUUCAUGGCGUUCUCCUCCUCCAUGGGUGCUGUGGUGACGGCGGUGCUGGCGGUUGCGGGAAUGGUGGCUGCCGGUGUCAAAGAGAUGGAGCGCGGCGGUGAGAUACUCACGUACGUUGUACCGUGUGUUUGCUACACACUAGCAAAACCGACUGGGUUCACUAUAUUGAAGUAUCACUAUAAUAGCAUAAUCGGUCAGUCCCGGAAUAGUACAAUUAUUAUGAUUAUAAAAGAAUGUCGGUAUUAUAUAGAUCAUGUACAAAUAUAAUGUGCAACUCGUGUCAAUCAGGAGCACAACGCCGUUCCAUUCAAUUACUCACAUAAUCGGCUAUUGUUUUAUACAUAUGUACUAGAAUUAUUUAUAUAAAUACGAACAUCAACCACGAACAUCAUUUCACAAUAUAAAUGUAACUUUCAAAGGAAUUAAUCAAUCACAUCGCACUUACCAAUAAGUUCAAGACAAUAACACUAAUGUUAACGCGAAACACAUCGUCUGAAACAGUUUUCGUUCCAUAACACGUCUCUGCAUUAUCUGGUACUAUUCGGUUUUUACUUCAAAACUACUAACUGAAAGUUUCCCAUCCGUCCACUGUCAAUCAUGUGCCUGAUCCCACGUGCAAGAGCCGGCUGGACGGGGGCGCCUACUGGAACCACGUGUUUACGAAGCCCUGGUGCCGGGUGGCGCCCUACUGUGUGGGACUGCUACUGGGGCUCAUAAUGCUGCGCGCCGGCUCCAGGCGACCC